CUGCUGGCAACAACUAUCUAUCUAUCCAUCCAUCUCAUCGACUUCAGUUAUAGGUUCCUGCUUUUUACCCAUUAUUCACGCCACCCAGUGUCUUGUCAGUGCUCUCAUCAUGACAUUCGCUACUCAAGAUCUUACCAUGCAGCCGGGCGUUCUGCAGACACCUAAGCGUGGGCAUGAUACAGCUCAGAAAUCCUGCUCUACGUUCCUACCCACACCAAUCUCGGAGAAGAGUAGCCGCGAUGUUUUGUCCGUACUGGACCCGAACAAGUUCUCUUGGUUGUCACCAGCAUCGACAAUCUCUACCACGUCAUCUCCGGCAGGCUUCAACGAUAUGUGGGAUCCACCCGAGACGCCCACCAAGCGGACGGUGAACGCUUCUUUACGAGGUAUCCUGACGCCUGUGACACCUCCAACACCCCCUGAUUUCCCCAAAAAGUUACUUCUCACCCCAAUUUCCAAGCCUUUUUUCGGCGUUGGAGUGACUCCGGCGAUUCAGCAGCCCCUUUUCCAGGAAAAAGGGACAGCGGCACAGGAUGACCCUUCUGAACCGAAGUUGUUCCGAGGCGUCACGUUGGUGCUUGAAGAGAUUUCCAAGGCAAGCGUCGCAGCUGCUACCGUCAAAUACAACAGCGACCCCACGUUCGUGUUCACGCAGGAUACCAGUGUCAGUUUACGAACGCGUUCCAAGACAGCCUCCACCACACCAGUCGCUUCAUUUCCACGUACCGCUAUCCGCGAAGAGACAAGCAUCGUUACACCUCCCCAAGGUCGCAUCCAUCCGCUCUUGCAUAGCAAGUUUGCGAAGCUACUAGAACAACUCAUACCACACGAUCUUCAUGCAAGGCUGGCCAGCGCUCCUGGCUGCUGCGCCGCAUCUCUCGUAACAAGCCCCUCUACGCGAUGCAGUUCUGCUGCAAAGCCUAAGGGGUCGCGUAAUGAUGCUAUUAGCGCUGUGAAGAAUGUCUCGAAGUGCAACAGACAAGAGGACUACUGCAGUAUGCUUCGCAAUAUCGAAACGGUUGUGCAGUCAGUCAUGUGCAUCAGGCAUCAACAUACGGCGUUGACACAGCUCAAGGCUGGAUCCAGGAUAUCGCAACUGCGCAGCAAGCUUGAAGGUACGACACGCAUGACGGCACUGGACCAAUCCACUCUUACGCAAUGGGUCAACACGAUUAGUGACCUUGAUGCGUCUAUGGAUCACGCUGCUCGACCUAUCAUCAUUGAGACAAAAUCCAAGCCACCUCCACAGCUCAAGCGGGAAUUGAAGCCCAUGUUCAAGUUGCCGACGGUUGAGACGAAAGCCCGCUUCUCCCCCUCAUCAGGCUUCAGAACCUAUGAACCAACGAAGACCAGGGGACUCUCCGUUUUUUCGGCUCUUCAUGAGAAGGCUGCCUCUCCAUUGGGUACCAAAGAUCUGACUCCGGGUUACGUUUACCUCUUCUGGGACAAGGCAUUCUUUGGCAUGGUGAAGAUCGGACACACCAAAGAUUUGGCCAAGCGACUCAAGAGUUGGAAUACGAAGUGCAAGCACCAGCACGACUAUCACUCCAGUGCGGAAAGUCAGGUGGAGAUGCCGUAUGUCCAUCGCGUUGAGCAGCUCAUACAUACAGAGCUGAAGGGGUGUAGACUGCGAAGACAGUGUGAAGGCUGCGGUAAGCUGCACAAAGAAUGGUUUGAAGCCAGUCAAGCGCAUGUAGUCAAGGUCAUGAAGAAGUGGCGAGAGUGGAUCUUGCAAGAGCCUUAUGUGCAGGAUAAAGAGUCGAGGGAGUGGGUGCUCAAGCCUGAGAUACUCGCUUCCCUUGAGCAGAUGUGUGAGCCUCUACCCCAAGAUGUGGCUACUCAGAAGUCUCAAAGGAAGAGUGGGGGUAUGCAACGCAAUUCGCGAAAGAGGAAGAGCCCCCGCCGAACGAUGUAAGAGCAGAUCCUGGUCAGCUUGGCGGUAGUUGGUCGCUGCGAAGUGAGGUGAAGGCGGGGAAACCAGCGUCACCGCGAGUUCGCUCUCACCUUGAAGUCUAGCAUAGGUACGCAACGGCGACGUUAUCUUCGACGAAGUUGCAGAUAUCGGCAGAGAAAGGCGAACCCGCACCCACAUUGCCAUCAUGGCUUGAACUUCCCUUUCUCGACUUUGUAGAGGGUAUUGACCCUGGCUACACUCCGCAGGCCAACGAGGCAAGGAACAAACCCACCAUUGACCGUAUCCGGCUUGG